AUGGGUGAACAAAACAAAAUAUUAUCUCGUCCCAUUUUCCGACGAGAUUUGAGCUGGGAUCCUUUCCCUAACUGGACUCAAUCAAACCGUAUUUUUGAGCAGGACUUUGGGCUCCCUCCUUUCCUGGAUCCCAGCGAUCUUAAAUGGAUAGAAUGGGCUAAGAGGAGACUGGCGUCUUUCUCCUGGCCAGGGUAUACACAUUCUCCCCUUUUGCCCCCAUUUAGUGGUUAUCCGCCUGCAGCCGUUAGCCAACAGCUCCAGAGACAGCUGUCUGGAGUGUCAGAGAUCAGAACAAGGCAGGACAGCUGGAAGAUUAACUUGGAUGUCAAUCACUUCUCUCCUGAGGAGAUCACAAUCACAACCAAGGAUGGCUACUUGGAAAUAUCAGGAAAUCAUGAGGAAAGACAGGAUGAACAUGGAUCAGUCUCAAGGUGCUUCACACGGAAAUAUAAGCUGCCACAGGGAGUGGACUUGCAACAUAUCAGUUCCUCACUAUCUGGUGAUGGAGUUUUGUCAGUCGAGGCCCCUGUUCCUGGGACCAUCAGCAGUGAUCCUGCCAGUGAGCUUGUCAUCCCUGUGCAGAUCAGGCAAAAGCAGGGUGCUGAAAAGUGAA